AUGACUUUCACUGCCGAAAAUGACACGUCUAUUUUAUACCUACAAGGAUUCAAUUUUCAUGCUAAUAUGACCAUCCCUCUGUUUCUUUGCUUUUUCAUUAUAUAUUUAAGUAUUGUUGUUGGGAAUGUUGCGGUAAUACAUGCGAUUAUUGUCAAUCGAAAUCUGCAUGAGCCAAUGUACAUAUUGUUGUGUAACAUGUCUGUCUGUGAUUUAAUUGGAAGCGCAGCUUUGUUACCUAGACUGAUGGCAGACUUAUUCGCGGAGGUGAGACCAAUCACAUUUGGACUCUGCAUUACUCAGGCGUUUAGUAUUCAUUUGUAUGGCACAGCUUCCCAGUUAAUAUUGACCGUGAUGGCUUACGACAGGUACGUUGCUAUUUGUGACCCACUGCGGUACACCUCGAUAAUGACAAGUACAACUCUUAUGAAACUGUGCUGCUUUGCGUGGGGAGGAGCGUUCAUUCUAAUUACCAUUUUGAUCGGAAUAACAGCUAGGCUCCCGAGAUGUGGGAAAACAUUAUUGGCAGUUUUUUGCAACAACUCUUCCCUAUUUUCACUGUCCUGUGUAAACACAACUUUGGUUAACCUCUACGGAUUGAUAAUAACCUAUUUCCUUAGUGUUUUCUCGCUUGUAACAAUCGUCUUGACAUACAGUAAAAUUCUCUACAGCUGCUUGUAUAAAAACGACAACCGCAGCAAGCGAAAAGCCAUUCACACCUGUGCUACACAUUUAAUUCUAUAUAUUUUUUACGAAGUAAUCUUGUUAUUCAGCAUAAUUGUACAACGAUAUCCAACUGGAGAUACAGAAGUGCGCAAAGCAAUAGGAAUAUUAAUAAUGAUAAUACCACCUCUACUUAAUCCACUAAUUUAUGGAAUGAAUACAAAAGAAAUCCGAAGGACUGUAUUUCGCAUUGUGUCACAUAAAAUGCUGAAAUAAUAAUCAAGCAAGAAAUUUAACUUACAGAUUUUUUAAACAUAUUAAUUAGUUUGCGGU